ACUCCAAGUUAGGAAUCUAUUUUCGCGUCAUGAGUCUGCUUCAGCCUUAUGUCGAUCGAUCUGUGUUGGUGGUCACAUUAGAUGGUCGAGUGCUGGUGGGAACACUUCGAGGUACCGAUCAAACGGCCAAUGUCAUUCUAGAAAAAUGCCAAGAACGCGUGUUUUCUAGCGAAGGUACAGAGAUUGUGCCUCUUGGUUUAUACCUUAUCCGAGGUGACAGCAUUUGUACUAUAGGAGAAAUUGACACUGAAAAAGAUGAGGAAUUGGACAUUACCCAGAUUAAGGCCGAUCCACUGAGGUCAACGAAAUUGUGAUCUUCCUUUCCUCCAAUCCACUGUCCAGUGUCUGCUUUUUACUGUUCACAACGUUCGCCAUUCAUACUAUUUCUUUUGUGUGUGUGAUAUCCGUUAAAACCUCAUUGAUAACGGAUACUCUUGUUUUUUGUAUCAUAUCCUUUUUAUUUUAUUACUUUGCUCCAUUUGUUAUUUCCUCGAUUUCCCCCCAAAAAUGCCACUUUUACAAAGAAAUGAAAAAAAUUCAAACUGUCUGA